CACUUGAUAUUUACUUGUCUUAGUUGGAGUUGGGAGGAAUUCCGGUGUUUGAAUAAAUCUUUGCAAACGAUUAUUGAGUAAAGAAGAAUACAACGAGUUAGAGUUUGAAGUAAAGAUGGCAAGACACAUAAGUAUAUUUAAGUCUACAGAUGAACCAAAAGUUGUGUUCGGCGCUCAGAAGUACUCUUGUCCGUUUUGCUGCAAAAGAACAGAUUAUGCAGGGAUCUGCAGCCACUUACAAAGCCACAAAAGAACAGCGGUGAUUCAUGGAGGUUUCAAAAUAUACAAGUGUUCACUGAACUGUCAAGGAUCAAGCCACUACCAUUGCUGUUACUGCCAGAAGACAAUGGUUCGUAAAGAUCAGUUCCUCUGGCACUUGUCACAGUGUGGCAAAGGGCCGCCAGUGUUCCCCGUGCCAGCAUCAAUCAGCGUUCAGCCUCUUGUAGCCUCUGCCCCUGUGCAAACAUCAAUUACUGUUCAGCCUCUGCCCCUUGUGUUGGUGUCAGCCAGCACUCAGCUUCUACCAGCCUCUGCCCCUGUGCCUGUGUCAGCUGCUGCCCAGCCUGUGUCUCCUGUGCCUGUGUCAGCUACUGCCCAGCCUGUGCACUCUUUACCUGCAUCGGCCGCUGAACAGCUUUUGCCCUCUGUGCCUGCAUCGGCCACUGCCAAGCCUCUGCCCUCUGUGCCUGCAUCAUCCACUGCCAAGCCUCUGCCCUCUGUGCCUGCAUCGGCCACUGCCAAGCCUCUUCCCUCUGUGCCUGCAUCAACCACUGCCAAGCCUUUGCCCUCUGUGCCUGCAUUGGGUACUGCCAAGCCUUUGCCCUCUGUGCCUGCAUCGGCCACUGCCAAGCCUUUGCCCUCUGUGCCCGUGUCAGCCACUGCCCAGCCUCUGCCCUCUUUGCUUGUUUCUAGCUCACUGCCACUUGUAUCUCUCUCAGCAUGUACACAGUCACCAUCAGCUGCAGAGGGCGGUGAAGGCCACACAAGGCCACACAAAAUCUUACCAGUACCCAGCUGCCUUCUGUUGAGGACAUCUGUAACACAUUGGCAAGAUUAUUACAUACUCAACCAUCCUCCACAGUUGCUUUUCUCACUCCUCCCUUCUGGCAAACAGUAAAGCACUAAUGACCCUUGUGGGGGAUAGCCAGCUUGCUUGCCCGGCUUAAUGGAAAGACCUGAGGAGAAAAUAUACACACAGCAUUAUCUUCCCUGGAGUGCUAGAUGGCUAUCCCCCUGAGUUUCAGCGAUGCCUUGGAUUCCCAUAGGGCUUCAUGGGAGUUGGAGUUCGGCACAGCCUUGUUGGAUUCCAUGGGUGACACCAGGGGGUGAUACAGGGACUGCACAGACCUACUUUGUCGGGCCUCCUCCUAACCCAGAAGUGCUUCCAGACCAUGCUAACAGAAAACCAGAAGUACUCCCGGGUGCAGGAUGAAAGAAGUCCGCUGCCACUGCUCUAAGAGCCAGAGUCGGGAGGAAGAGGGAUAACACCUGUCAGGAAGAGUAGUGGCAGAAGAUAGAAAGAAAGAAAACAGACAGAGACAAAGACAAAGAGAGAUUGCGUUGUGUGCUGAUUGUACUGUGUUCUUCAGUGGGAAGUGACUGAGAAGAGAUUCCCACAGUCAAUUAAAAGCCUUGUGUGCUGCAGAGACUUGUGUCUGUGUCGGUUUUGAGAGCUAGUGUGCCCCCAGCAGGCCACACCCUUGUUCCAGUAGAUUUGGAGAAAGCAUUUCAGUUAUGAAGUUACUAAACAACAAAUCAUAAUAAACAUUGUAAGAAAAAAUAUGUAAUUACUUGCACAUAUGUAAUGAUCUAUUCUGCAUAUUGCAUUCUAUAUAUUUUUUCUGUGUUUUUAUUGCAGUAUUUUCUGUGUUCUGAACAGAUAAGUGGCAAUAUCAUUGUACUGUAUACACAUGACAAUAAACUUGAACUUAAAGUGUGCAAUGCAAUUAUUAAUUAUCUUAUUACUGUAAAUAUGAACUUUGAUGAGAUCACCUUGAGAUGAUUCCAUGCUGAAUGCCACUGUAUGUGACCCAUUAUUUUUUAUUAUUAUUAUUAGUAGUAGUAUUAAUAGAAGUUCAAU